UACUGGUAGUAAUGGAGGACAGGUCCUUCUCUUCGGGGUAAAAUCGGAAUUACUUUUGAUAUCAAGACAACAACUGCCCAAUAAUUAUUGGUUGAAGCUGUUUAACAUUGUUGGUCCGUUCUAUUUAGGAUGGCGUCUGAUUCGGGGCCUCAGGCUCCCGGCUCCAAAGGGAUCAUGACCUUUCACCCCACCGCUGAGGAGUUCCAGAACUUCAGCCGCUACAUUGCCUACAUGGAGUCCCAGGGAGCACACAAAGCCGGCCUGGCUAAAAUCGUGCCACCGAAGGAUUGGAAACCCAGGAAGUCCUAUGAUGAUAUAGAUGACCUGGUGAUCCCAGCUCCCAUCCAGCAGGUAGUGACGGGCCAGUCAGGUCUGUUCACCCAGUACAACAUCCAGAAGAAGCCCAUGACCGUCCGAGAGUUCCGCAAGACGGCCAACAGCGACAAGUUCUGCAGUCCUCGCUAUACCGACUUUGAAGAGCUGGAGAGGAAGUACUGGAAGAACGUAACCUUUAACCCGCCCAUCUACGGGGCUGAUGUAAACGGAACGCUCUAUGACCCAGAUGUGACCGAUUGGAACAUCGGCAAACUGAACACCAUCCUGGACACGGUGGAGCACGAGAGUGGCAUCACCAUCGAGGGGGUGAACACGCCCUACCUGUACUUUGGCAUGUGGAAGACCACCUUCGCCUGGCACACCGAAGACAUGGAUCUCUACAGUAUCAACUACCUCCACUUUGGAGCGCACAAGUCCUGGUACUGCGUUCCUCCAGAGCAUGGGAAAAGAAUGGAGCGCUUGGCUCAAGGGUUUUUCCCUGGAAGCCACCAAAAUUGCGAAGCCUUCCUGAGGCACAAGAUGACCCUCAUCUCUCCCUCCAUAUUGAGGAAAUAUGGCAUUCCAUUUGAGAAGAUCACUCAGGAGCCGGGUGAAUUCAUGGUGACGUUUCCCUAUAGCUACCACGCCGGCUUUAACCACGGCUAUAACUGUGCAGAGUCCACUAACUUUGCCACUGAAAGAUGGAUUGAGUAUGGAAAGCAAGCCAUACUGUGUUCGUGCAGGAAGGACAUGGUGAAGAUCUCCAUGGACCUGUUUGUGAAGAAGUACCAGCCGGAACGCUACGAGCAGUGGCUGGCGGGUCGGGACACGGGGUCCAUUGACCACUCACGACCCACCCCAGAGGCCAAGGAGUUCCUGGGGGAGGAGGAGGGGAAGGACUGCAUCUCACAUGAGCCCUGUGUGGAGGAGCUCAACACGGAGGGGGAGAGAAAGAGCCCCACACAGAGGAUAGGGACCAAGAGGCACCGAGUGUGUCUGGAUGUACCUGACGAGGUGGUCCCUAAAGAUGAAGAAGAGGAAGAGGAGCAUGGGAAGAAAGCCAGACUAGGCCUCACCAGUCAGGGCACGGGAGCAGAGGAGUGCAAAGAUACAGGGAACCUCACUGACUUCACCUUGAGGGACCUCCCUAAUGUAAAGACAGACCCAAUGCAGGGCAACAGCAGCAGAAGCACUACUCCGCAAAAAGUCACCAUCCCCUCCACCAGCAAUCAUGCGGUGGCCAUUUUGGCUCAACCCCAGUCGCACAGAAACGGGCACCUUCCAGUAGUGGCUCCUCCAGCCAGGACUGGCCCCUCCACCCAGUCGAUCAGAAAGCUAGGGGUGGCCAGCCUGCUCUUUCAUAAGACCCAGAGCCCUAAGGAGGCCCUGCAGGUCCACAGCUACGCCCGUGAGAACCAGCAGCAGAUUCACCACACCCACCUCCAUGUGCACAGUUACGCCAGGGAACACCUGCCACGGCACCUCCAACCCCACCUCCAACUCAAGGCCAAGCCCCAGGCCCAAGUCAAGGCCGAGCAGCAGGAGUCCCACGUCCCAUCUACCAAAGGAGAGCAGAACCAGGCCGACGCACAGAUUCCCUGUAAGGGAGAACCGGUUGAAGCCAAAGCCCAGACCCAAGGCCUCGGUAAGUGGCGGCAGCAUCCUGGCGAGGCCCAGGCUUGGGAGGAGAGGUCCGAAGCCAGGUCCCCUAGCAGUCCAGAGCCUGUCCAGACCCAAGCACACACCAAGGCAGCCAAGAGGGUCGAGGCGGAGGUCCGAAGGGACAGGCGGAAGCAAUGUCUUUCCCCUGUGCAGGCGGAGGUAACUUUAAUGAAGCAGACAAACGUACGUCCAAGUAAGCCGACGAUCUUACGUCCAAGUAAGCUGACAAACUUAAGUCCAAGUAAGCAGACGGAUUCAAGUUCAAGUAAGGAGACGGAUUCCAGUCAGAGUAAGCAGACGGAAUGCAAGAGCAUGAAGAGCAAACCGUAUCCUCUCCUCCGCAAGCUGUCCAAACAGCACCCACUACUCAGGCCCAGGGAAAGCUCCAGUGAUGACGAUGAGCUGUAUGUGAAUAUGGAGGAUGAACCAGAGGAGACGGAGGAGUGGGCCAAGCCCCUGGCCCAGCUGUGGCAGAGUAGACCCUACAACCCCCAGGCGGAGAGGGAAUACAACAAACUCAUGGGCCUGCAGGCCCCCUACUGCUCCAUCUGCCUGCUUUUCCACACAUAUGACCAGUCGGAGUCUAGCGGCAACCCCAGCUACACUCUAAAAGGCCGGCGAGGGGGCAGACAGAGGUCCAAGCCCCUGAUCCCGGAGAUGUGUUUCAGCACCACCAAUGACAAAACCAACAACAGCAGCGACAGCGGCGUGGGCCAACUUUCCACCCCUCACCUGGAGGAGGACGGUACCAGCCUCCUGGUCAGCUGCUCCCAGUGCUUUGUCCGCGUUCACGCCAGUUGCUAUGGAGUUUCUGCAGACCAAGUGUCAGAUGAGUGGAUGUGUGCCCGCUGUGAGGCCAACGCUUUAACUGAGGACUGCUGCCUGUGUUCACUGCGAGGGGGAGCUCUACAGAGAGCCAACAACGACAAGUGGGUGCAUGUGCUGUGUGCGCUUGCGGUCCUGGAGGCGCGCUUCGUGAACAUCACCCACCGCAAUCCCGUGGAUCUCAGCUACAUCCCUCUGGCCAGGUUCCAACUGAAGUGUUUCUACUGUAAGCGGCGGGUGAAGAGGGACGUGGGCUGUUGUGUGCAGUGUUCCCAUGGCCGCUGCAUCACCGCCGUCCACCCCACCUGCGCCCAGGCUGCUGGCCAGCUCAUGCAGCCUGACGACUGGCCCUUCAUCGUCCACGUCACCUGCUACAGGCACAAGACACCCGUCCUGCCGGAGCGCAAUAAGGCGGCCAUGCGAGAGCUAGAGGUGGGCCAGAAUGUUAUUUGUAAGCACAAAAAUGGCCGCUACUACCAGUGUGAGGUGCUGGAGCUGACCAUCGCCACCUUCUACGAGGUCGUCUUCGACGACGGCUCCUACAGCGACAACCUCUUCCCAGAGGACAUUGAGAAUCGGGACUGCGUGAAGCUGGGCCCGCCAACAGUGGGCGACGUAGUGCAGGUGCGCUGGACCGACAACCUGCUUUACGGGGCCAAGUUUGUCGCGUCGCACUCCAUCCCUAUGUACCAGAUGGAGUUUGAGGACGGGUCGUCGCUGUCUGCCAAGAGGGAAGAAGUCUACAGUCUAGACGAGGAGCUGCCCAAACGAGUCAAGUCCCGAAUGUCCAAGGCAUCAGACAUGCGCUUCGACGGGAUCUUCACGGAGGAGGAGGUGAAGCAGGGCUCCAAAAGACAGCGAGUCAUCAACUCCCGUUACAGAGAGGACUAUAUCGAGCCUCUCAUAUACAGAGCUAUCAUGGAAUAACCCUCCUCUUUCUCUACUUCCUUGUAAACUCACCAAACACCCAGAGAGUGGGGCAUCUCUGGGCACCCACAGCCUUGACAAGUGGCUCCAACCCUGGGUACCAGUACGAACAAACUCUCCCAUGUCCCUUGGGCAUUUUUGUAAACCACGGCUGGGACUUUAAGGGAGUUUCUGCUCUUCAUGAACCCCCCCCCCCACCCCUUAUUUCUGUGAAUGCUAUCUUUAUCCUCUUUUGCUGAAAUAGUUCAAUAAAAUAUACAAGUUGGAAUUGGAACUACCCAUUGAACCGGAACUGCAGGUUUAUAUAUAUAUAUAUAUAUAUAACUAUUUUUAUUCUUCUACAUCUUUCGAUGACGACCUGCUCAACUCUAGAAUUUCAUGUCUGCAUUAACUCCUGCCCUCUUUGGACAAUUUGUUUCUCCUCUGAACUUGAGGUGGCAUUUUAAUAUCGCGCUUUACUCAUCCAAAAGCAUUAAUUGGUCAACGAAAACAAUGGUAUUUCACAAUGCAGGCCAUUAUUCAAUCCGAUUUUCAGUAACAUGCUGUUGACUGAUUUAUUUUUAAUCCCCAAACAUGCUUUGCUUUAUACUCUUUGCAAUACAUACAUUUAUGGACUUCAUAGGAAUGUGCAGGUUUGAUAAUGUCUACUGUGACAAUAGGAAGAUAGAAGUUAGUAGCCCAAGCCUUAAGUUCAAAGGGCAGUGUUUUCUUGUUAAGUUUAGCUUUACAACUUUAAAGCUUUGGAUUUAUUGCAUUUUAAUUUAUGUAAGUUGUAUGAGUUUGAGAAUGCAUCUGUUUGAUACCACAGCUCACUGUGCUUACAAUCUCCGAAUAUCCCCAAGAUGUAUUUAUUUGUUAUGAUGAUAGGUUUUUGGACGCAAGUUGGUUCUCGAUUCUUGUUAUUGUUUUUUUGUAAGCCAUCCUGGGUUACAUUGGUAGUGUGUGUGUAUAUAUGCCAUAGAGAAUGAACGAGAGCUUCCCUACAUAGUUCCCAUUAUGGCGUCUUAGAUUGCCUCAAUGGUGUUCCCCGUGCAAUCUCCAUUUUGAAGUAGUACAUUUUCUUCACGAUUGGCUAAUCCCUCCUGAUGACCUGGCUGGACAUGACUCCAACAGGUUUACCAGGAGGAAUCAGCCAAUGAAGUUGGAAGUCCCACUCAGUUCAAUACAUUUUAGUGAGGCACAUGCUAAAAUGGCCUUGAGGCCUCUGUCAUUCUCUAUAGUAUAUGCCAACAUGGGUCAACGUCCUGCUCCUGCAGCAAAAAGCACUUAAUUCUCUCCCUAAAGUACCCAUGGCAUGUCUAUUAUUGCUUAUGCAGGUGGCCGUUAAGUUCAGGUACAUAACUGAGCGUGUGCAGAAAAGUUAGUGUUGGUCAAUUACAGCCUAGGUGUAUACUAGUUGGUUUGUGGUCCUAUCACAACCAGUGAGAAAAAAACUUUCUGCAGUUAUAGGAAAAAUAUAUUUUCAUAUCAUUAGAAGAAUGUUCUUCCUCCUAAUGCUUUGUCGAAGUUCCUUGUUGACAUAAAUUGUUACCAUCUUUGGAUAGUAUUGUAUAUGUAGCUAAUUUAAAGCUGUAAAGUCUAUCUCAGGAGGACACACACCCCCCCCCCCUCCAGAUCUUGAGCCGCACCGCUGAUUUCCGUUUUGUUUCCAUGGCUACUGUUUGAAGCGCUUGGAUUGAUUUGGUAUGUACACGGGAAGCGUCAACUAUGUGCAUUACAUUUCUAAACAUCAACUGUUGCAGUAAAGACCGGACUGAGAAAAGCUCA